AUGGCGAAAGCGCGAGCAUCACCGCCGUGUUUGCCGCUCUUCAGCACUCCCUCAUCAGCAUCCUCCUCUUCCUCCUCUCUAUCUAACCAGGAAAAGGCUAGCCUUUUAGACAGUAAGAGUGAGAGUGACAAUCAGACUCAAAAGGAGAAGCCGCGCGUGAUCGUCCAUUAUCCCUGCAGCAGCAAUGCCGCGAAUUGGCCCACAAACGGUCAAACAGAAUCCUCUGUCAGCGAUCCGUCCGGCACGGUCGCCACAGCAGCGGAACUUCCGCUGAAGAUCGAUGGCUCCGUUAACUUUUCCGUCCAGGGUCGGGGUGAGCGGACUGAUUUCGUCAAGAUCGAUACUUUUCCGUCGGUUCCGUCAGUGACGCCGUUUUCCCUUAGCGGGAACGCCUCCGCAUCGUGGCCCGCGGGGAAUAGGGCGAUAAUGCGAGCGCGAUCUGUGGGGAAUUGGGGGGAAGCGGCGGCUUGCGCGGGCGCGGAAGGGGACGGGCGGACGGCUGUGGUGCUGCUGGGGUGGCUCGGCGCGCAGCAGCGGCACAUGCGGCAGUAUGCCACGUGGUACAACGCGAGGGGUAUCGAUGCGAUCGGGUUCGUCAUUCCGUUCACCGACAUAUUCAGCGUCAGGCUUGGCGAAAAGGCGGAGCUGCAUGUCGACGAUCUGGUCACGGAGCUUGAGAGAUGGCUCCUCGAGGGCGCGAAUCGCGGAGGGACGCACGGCGCGAUUCACGGCGGGCUGGGCGGCGGCGGGCGCCGCACGCUGCUGUUCCACACGUUUAGCAACACGGGAUGGAUCGCAUACGGCGCGGCGCUGCUGCGAUUGCAGCGGAAGUACGGGAAAGAGGCAGUGGAUGGGAUUAUAAAGGGGUGUGUCGUGGACUCCGCGCCUAUACUGGAAGAAGAUCCCAAGGUGUGGGCGAGCGGAUUCUCAGCGGCCAUUCUACAGAAGCGCAGUGCAGCAACGCGCAUGGGCUCCCUUGUCAUUGACUCGGUCGUCGGCUGCUCCCAGCUCAAAUCCGCCCUGCUACAAGCCAGCACCCUCCCCGCUGCUUCCUGCUCUUCUGCUUCUGCUGCUGCUGCUGCUGCUGCUGCUGCUGCUGCUGCUGCUGCUGCUGCUGCUGCUACUGGUGGCGGUGGCGGUGGCGGUGGUGGUAUUGCUGCUGCUGCUGGUGUUGCUGCUGUGGAUGCUGCCUCUGUGGCAUCUGCUGCGGGUGCUCUCACUGCACCAGCAUUCACCAGUGUGACUGUAACCCGGAGUGACUGCAGCAGCAGCUGUGAGAGCCUGUUCCCGGGGCAGGGGCGGGGCUCGUGGCAAGGGGAAGGGCAAGUGCAGGGGGAAGAGAAUGGGGGUCUGGAUGGUGGGGAGGGAUUGUUUCCUUCGCCUGCUCCCUGCGGGUGUGAGCUGGUUUGGUGGCGGGCUGACGAGGCUGAGAGAUUAAAGACGUGUGGGAGCAAGUCAAGGGGGAGUAAGGCGUCUGCAGGUGCUGCUGCGGCUGCUGCGGCGGCUGCUGCGGCGGCAGUGGCAGGCGGCCUGGGGGAUAGAGGCAUGCGAGAAGUGAUCGGCUGUGGUGCUGGUCCUGGUAAUGGCUGUAGUAACGGGUGUGCUUCAAGAGGGGUGUCUCAGCAGGAUCAGCAGCAGUGGUUGCUACAGCAACAGCUGAUAGCUGUGUGCAGAAUGCAAGCAGAGAAGCAGGAGAGAAAGCUGGUACUGGGAAAAGAGCUGAGAAAAGAGCAGGAGCUAGGGAGCGGCCUUCACCUGCAGCAGCAACAGCAGAAGCCACGGCAGCAGCGGUGGUGGCAACAAGGAGGGGGGAGAGGCAGGGCGAGUGGGGCCGCGAGCAGCAUGGUGCAGGCGUGUGGGCGGGCGGCGGGGGCGUGUGGGCGCGUGGCAGUGGCGGUGGUGAGGGUGGUGAAGGUGCGGCUGGAUGCGCUAGAGAGUGUGCUGGUGACGGCGCUCUGGCUCAUCUUCCAAGUGGCUCUGCGCAUCCCCUACGUCAAAGGGAAGCUUGUGAACUUAUUCUCAGGUCUACAGCGAGGCCCGCUCUCUUGUUUUGCCCAAUACUCGUGCAGUCAGGCUUGGGCUUGUGAGGGCGGGGAAGCUACCACGAUGGCUGCUGCAGAUAAUGGAGGAAGCAAUGAAUCGUUGCCUCGCCAGGGGAACACGGAGUCUGAGUCAUUCACAGUGUCGGCAUCCCUACCAGAAGCCGAGAUUGUCAAUGGACCCCCUGUAGUGCACAUGCCUGUGCGGAAACCAGAGAGCUUGUCAGUUGGAUUCGCAGUUCCAGAGGAGGAGAAGCAGGGUGCUGCCAUGUGGCAGGUAAGGUGA